UGUGGGCGUACGUAGUGUCGGUGGCUAGCAAUCGACUGUUCCUCCUCCUCGCCGUCCUCCUGCUCGCUGCUCAACGUUCAACUCGCGUGUAGCGCGGACCUCGUUGCGCGCAUGUGCACCCAAGAUGCCUGCUAGCAACCCACAGUCGCCCCUCGAAUAUGUGUCCAUACCACCAUGUGCGACGCGUCUCCGGGACACUUCCUCCUCAUCGUCCUCCGCACCCGCGUCCUCGCGCCCGACGCCCAAACUGACGACCACCGCGCUCCCGCGACCCUCCCAGGCCCAAGCACCCACCAUGCUCUCCUCGCCGACCUCCGCCACCUCCUCGCAGGGCCCGCUCUCCCCCUCCAAGCUCGCGUACAACUCCAUCCCCUCGCUCCUCCUCUCGUCGACGCUCCAGAUUCCCCAGAACGCGCCGGAGCCGCGUAGGGGCGGCGCGAAGCUGCUGUCUGCGCGCGACCCGCUGAGCAUCCCGAUUACGACGGUGAACUUCCGGCGGUUCGUCGCGAAGGUCGGCCCGGUCUUUUGGCUGCAGGACCGUGUGGAGGAGGUUGUUAUGUGGAGGAAGGGGAAUAGAUAUACGGCGGUGUGGAUGGGGGUGUAUGUGUUCCUGUGUACGUCCGCCGAGCGUCGUCUCCGGAAUCGCGCUGACUUGGGUAUAGGCUACUUUCCGAGGCUUGUGCUCCUCCUCCCGCACGUCAUUGUGCUGAGCAUCCUACUUGCUACGCACCCCUCCCUCCGCUCAAAUGACAACUCAGAAGCUGAGACGAAACCGGCGCCGACCACCCCACCCGCACAAGUGGGCGAGGGCAGCGUAGACUACCUUGCGAAUGUCCAGGCUAUCCAGAAUCUCAUGGGUGUCUUCUCAGACUUCUACGACGCCGUCCUUCCCGUCGUCCCGCAUCUCACACACGCUUCACCCUUCACCCCCAUCAUCCUCACCCUCGUACUAGUGUCGCUGCUCGCAAUCCUGCCUCUUCUCCUGCUUCUCCCUCCCCGUCCAACCUUCCUCUUCCUAGGGCUCUUCCCCCUCUUGUGUACACAUCCCUUCACCCUGCACACCAUUCCCAACAUUCUAUCCGGCGCGCAGCCUAUUUUCAACGCCUUGCGCACACGGCUCGCCCGCCUCAUAGACGAUGACCGGCUGGAGGACCGGCACUGGCGCACGACAUUGCGCGAUGUAGAGCUUUUCGAGAACGAGCGGUGGGCGGCGCCGACGGGGCGCGCCGGCAGCGUGAUGUCGCGGUCUGUGAGCGACGUCGGGGAGGAUGCGGUGAAGGCGGGCCUGACCUCCGACGCAGGCUGGGCCAAGACGAACUUGAAGCCUGGCGAGAGGAAGGCGUGGACGAGGGGCAGGGAUGGCUGGAGCGGCCUGGGCGAAGAUGGCAGUGCAGACGUUAGCAGCAACCUUACAUUUGCCCUCGAGCCAGGCUGGGUGUUUGUCGAGACGGAGGACUGGAGGCCGGAUUUGGAGGGCAGCUGGGUCACGCCUGGGGUAGCAGACAAGAGUGGGUGGGUGUAUACGAACGACGCGUGGUUGGACCCGCAUUCGAUGCCAUUGGAGGAGUGGCGGACGACGGGCAUGACGAGACGGCGGAGGUGGACGAGGAGGAUAUACUACGACCAAAACAUUGAUGCCGAGAAGAGCGUUUGACAUCUUUGUGUAUAUGUUGUGUACGUGAUUUUAUGGAUUGCCUUUUGUCUUUCUUCCG